AUUAUUAAAACUAUCAAUUGUAAUAGUACAGUUGUGAUAACUGGUGCUACUGGAUGUGGGAAAAGUACACAAGUUCCUCAGUAUAUUUUAGAUGACUGUAUGAGUAAAAAGAAAUAUUGUAAUAUUAUUGUUACUCAACCUAGACGUAUAGCUGCAAUUUCAGUAUCUAAACAAGUAAACAAUGAACGUGGUUGGAAAGAUGGGCUUUUAGUUGGUUAUCAAGUUGGACGUAAAAAAGAUUUUGAUCCUCAUACAACAAAAAUUUUAUAUUGCACUACAGGAAUUUUGUUACUUAGAAUUAUUAAAGCAAAAAGCCUUAGUGAAUUUACUCACAUUAUCUUAGAUGAAGUUCAUGAAAGAACACUUGAAAUGGAUUUUUUAUUAUUAAUUAUUAAGAAGUUACAAAAGAAAAACUCUCAGUCAACUCGUGUAAUACUAAUGUCUGCCACAGCAGAUGCUUUAAAAUUACAAGAUUAUUUUGGUGAUUACUAUGGACAUCCUUAUAAUAGACAUGAAACAGCACCAUUAGUUAAGGUUGAAAAGCCAUCCAACUACAAAAUUCUUAUACACUAUUUGGAUGAUUUAUAUGGAUUGAUACCUGCU